AUGGAGAGCAAGCCAGCAGUGAAUGGCCAUGCUGCCCCCCUCCCUCACCAGGAAGACAUGCCAGGAGCAAACCACUUGUGCCAGGACAUGUUGCCUCGCAAACAGAAAAAAGCAGCUGAUGGGGAUGUGACGGUGAUGGAUGCUUCUAGCGAGCCCUUGGAGGCAGCUGGCAGCAUUGCUGGAGUGUAUGUAGAAGCUUCGAAGAAGAUAAUGAGCUUUUAUGAUGCCACCAGAGAGCAUCUUCUGAGUUUGGAUUCGGCACUUUGUCUUCUUGAGGCCCAGGCAGCCACGGGCUUCAUCGCUGACCCGGUGAAGAACAGGCACGUCUCCGUAGCAGAAGCCCUGCAGAUGGGGCUGGUGGGGCUGGAACUGAAGGAGAGGCUGCUCUCUGCAGAGAAAGCUGCUACUGGCUUUGUGGACCCCUACACAGAAGAGAAAAUCUCCCUCUACCAGGCCAUCCAGAAGGACCUGAUCGGGCAGGAGCAAGGGACUCGACUGCUCGAGGCCCAGAUUGCAACCGGGGGCAUCAUUGACCCAGCCACUGGCUGCCGGCUCCCAGCAGAUGUUGCCUGUGAGAAGGGAUAUUUGGAUGAAGAGAUGACCCAGCUCCUCUCUGACCCCAGCAAUGAGGACAACAAAGGGUUCCUCAACCCCAGUACUAUGGAGAGGGUCGCUUACGUGGAGCUCAUGAAGAGUUGUGUUGUUGAUCCGGCCUCAGGCUUCCUCCUCUUGCCCCUGCAAAUCACGUUCCCAGGGCUGGCAGGGAGGGUGAGCAGCAGAGAUCUGCUGGACUCCGGCAUCAUCAGCCCUGAUACCUUCAGAGGUCUUGAGGAGGGAAGAAUUUCUGCCCAGGAGGUGGCAGAGAAUGACUCCGUUCAGCAGUUCCUGCAUGGGACAAGGAGCGUGGCAGGUGUUGUCCUGCCUUCCAGCGAGCGGAAAAGCCUUUACCAGGCACUGAGAGAGCAUCUCCUCAUGCCUGGUGCUGCUCUGGUGCUCCUGCAAGUCCAGGCCUCCACCGGCACCCUGACAGACCCCAUAAAGAACAAAAGCUACUCAGUUGAUGAGGCUGUCAGGGUCGGUCUCAUUGGCCCAGAGCUUCAUGAGAAACUCUCCUCAGCUGAGAAGACCAUCACUGGGUACAAGGACCCCUACACUGGAGAAAUGCUCUCUCUGUUCCAAGCCAUCAGGAAGGGCUUUAUCCCCAGGGAUCAUGGCAUUUGCCUUCUGGAGGCUCAGAUGGCCACAGGGGGUAUAAUCGCUCCAGGCAGGCACCUCCGUGUCCCCACAGAGACAGCUUGCAAGUGGGGGUACCUGGAUGAAGCCACAAGACAGCUCCUCUCCAGUCCUACUGAUGACAUGAAAGGGUUCUUCGACCCCAGCUCCAAGGAGAAGAUGACCUAUGCAGACCUGCUCAAGUGCUGUGUCACUGAUCCCAACACGGGGCUCAUUCUGCUGCCACUUGGUGGAGAAGGCAGAGAAGGAGCUGAGGGAACCCACCUCUUCUUUGACCAUAGGACCCAAUCAGCUCUGGAAAACACACAGGUACCCAUUGCUUUAGGCAAAUUCAAGGGAAAGUCGGUGUCUCUCUGGAAACUCCUAUUCUCAGACUACAUCCAGAGUGAGCAAAGAGCUGCUCUCACCCAGCAGUACCUUACAGGAACACUCUCUAUGCAAGAAUUGGGUAAGGCAGUCAAGGCCACCGUUGAGGAAAUGGCUUCCGCUGCUAAUGUCACCUUUGAAGGACUGAGGCACCGGGUGACAGCGGACCAGCUCCUGAGCUCUGAAAUCAUCAACAAAGAUUUGUUUAAGAAACUGAAGGAGGGAGAAACAUCAGCCAAAGAAGUUGUCAGCAUGGACACUGUCAAGAAGUACCUGCAAGGUACAGGUAGCAUUGCUGGGCUCCUGCUUCCUGACUCCCAGGAGAAGAUCAGUAUCUACCAGGGAAAGCGGAAAGGACUUUUAAGGCCAGGAACAUCACUGAUCCUCCUGGAGGCACAGGCUGCUACUGGAUUUAUCAUUGACCCAGCUGCCAACAAAAGGUAUUCUGUGGAUGAGGCGUUAAGAGCAAACGUCAUUGGCCCAGAUGUUUAUGACAAGCUAUUGACUGCAGAGAAAUCAGUCACUGGCUACAGAGAUCCCUACUCAGGGAACAAGAUCUCCCUCUUCCAGGCCAUGAAGAAGGAGCUCAUCGUCAAGGAUCACGGCAUCCGCCUCCUCGAGGCCCAGAUUGCCACUGGCGGCAUCAUCGACCCCGUCAACAGCCACCGCAUCCCGGUGGAGGUGGCCUACAAGCGCGGCUACUUUGACAAGAAGAUGAACUUAAUCCUUUCUGAUCCCAGUGACGACACCAAGGGCUUCUUCGACCCCAACACCCAUGAGAACCUCACCUACCUGCAGCUGAAGGAGAAGUGCAUCACAGAGCCGUCCACCGGGCUCUGCCUCCUUCCUCUGAACAGCAGGAAGCGCCAGUUCAUCGACGACACCACCAGACGGGUGUUCAGGAGCUCCUGGCUGCCAGUCAGGUUUGGGCGGUUACGGGGGGAGAAGGAAAAAGGGGUCUCCCUCUGGGAGCUGGUCCAUUCUGGGUAUUUCACCGAGGAGCAAAGGAGUGACUUCAUGGAGAAGUUCCGGUCUGAGGAAAUGUCGCUGCAGCAGCUGGUUGCUCUCGUGCUCAGAUUGGUUGGGGAGAUGGAGAUGAAAGCCCGCACCCAGAUCACCUUGGAAGGCUUGCGGGGCAGUGUCCCGGCAGUCUGGCUGCUGGACACUGGCAUCAUUACUGAGAAGACGUUUGAAGAACUGGCUCAGGGCAUAAAAACUCCCGAGGAAGUGGCUGCGAUGGAGAGUGUGAGGAGGUACUUGCAGGGCACAGGCAGCAUUGCCGGGGUGUUCAUAGAGGCAUCCAAAAAGAAGAUGACCUUUUACGAUGCCAUGAAAAACAAUCUUCUCCUCCCUGGGGCUGCUCUGAGGCUGCUAGAAGCUCAGGCAGCCACAGGAGACCUAACUGACCCGGCAACAAACCAGAGACUCAGCGUGAGGGAUGCCGUGAAAGCAGCUGUUGUUGGCGAAGAGCUCACCGAGAAACUCCUUCUCGCUGAGAGGGCGGUGACUGGCUACACAGACCCCUACACGGGGAGUUCCAUCUCACUAUGCCAAGCGCUCAGGAAAGAGCUGAUUCCCCUGGGAGACGCUGUUCCCUUGCUAGAGGCCCAGCUGGCCACAGGAGGGGUCAUUGAUCCCAUUCACCACCAUCAUCUUCCACUCCAGGCCGCGUGCAGGUAUGGCUUCUACGAUGAGGACCUGAACCAAACCCUCUCUCAGCUGAAUGACAGCACCAAAAUCUUCUUUGAUCCAAACACAAAGGAGAACGUGACCUACCAGCAGCUGAAGGACAGAUGCAUUCAGGAGGCUGAGUCAGGUGUCUGGCUCCUUCCUCUCUCAGAAGAUGCCAUGUUCUGUGUGGAUGAACAAACCAUGGAGGUGCUGAAAUCUGUGACAGUUUGUGUCAACAUAGGGAGGUUCAAAGGACAGACUGUGUCAGUCUGGGACCUUCUCAACUCUGAAUACCUCUCAGACAGCAAGAGAAGAGAGCUAGUGCAGAAGUACAAAGAUGAGAAUACUGAAGUGCUACACGAAAUCGUAACAAUUGUCACCACAAUCAUCAAAGAGACUGAGACACAUGGCAAGAAGUUUGCAUUCAAGGGCCUGCGGAAAAGAGUAUCCGCCAGUGACCUCUUCCAGUCUCAACUGAUAGACAAAAAAACCCUCGAUGAGCUCAACCAGGGGAAGAAAACAGUCAAAGAAGUCACUGAAAUGGACUCUGUCCGCAGGUACCUGGAGGGCAGCAAUUUCAUAGCAGGGGUCCUUAUACAGCCAAGCAAUGAGAAGAUGGGCAUCUACCAGGCCAUGCGGAAGGGCAUCCUGAGACCAGGGACAGCACUGGUGCUGCUGGAGGCACAGGCUGCCACCGGCUACAUCAUCGACCCAGAGAAAAACAAGAAGUUUUCAGUGGAGGAAGCAUUAACUGCAGGUCUAAUUGGAGGGGAGAUUUUUGAAAAGCUACUGUGUGCAGAAAGAGCCGUGACGGGCUACACCGACCCCUACACAAAAGCCCCAAUGUCCCUGUUUGAAGCUAUGAACCAAGGACUGAUUGUGAAGAGCCACGGCAUUCGCCUCCUCGAGGCCCAGAUUGCCACCGGUGGCAUCAUCGACCCCGUGCACAGUCACCGCAUCCCCGUGGAGGUGGCCUACCAGCGCGGCUACUUCAACCAGGAGAUGAACCAGAUCCUCUCCGACCCCACCGACGACACCAAGGGCUUCUUCGACCCCAACACCCACGAGAACCUCACCUACAUGCAGCUCCUGGAGAGAUGUGUCCAAGAUUCAGAGACUGGGUUGUACAUGCUACAAGUUGUAAAGGAAAGAGGAAAGUACUUUUACAUUGAUGAGUCUACAAAACAAGUUUUGCGCUCUAAGCCCCUUGAAGUGAAAAUUGGAAAGUUUAAGGACCAAAGAGUUUCCAUCUGGGAAAUUCUCUGCUCUCAUUACAUCUCUGAGCAGAAAAGGAAAGAACUAGUGAUACAGUACAAAUGCAAAACCCUCACACUGGAAGAUCUUAUAGCUCUCAUUCUCAAAAUAAUUGAGGAUACCGAGCAAAGAGGGGAAGCCCUCAAGGUUAAAGGACUCCGGGGGGAUGUGUCAAUAUCAGAAUUGUUUAACUCUGAGAUAAUUGACAAGAAAACUCUAGAUCAGCUGCAGGAUGGGAGUCUCACGCUUGCCAGCCUCACAAAGAGGGACACCAUCAAAAGGUACUUGGAUGGCACUGGAUGCAUUGCUGGAGUUCUACUCCCAUCAAGGAAAGAGAAGAUGAGCAUCUACCAGGCCCUGAAAAAGGGCCUCCUCACAGAGCCAUGUGCACUGGGGCUGCUGGAGGCACAGGCUGCCACUGGUUUUCUCAUUGACCCACUGAAAAAUAAGAAGCUCUCUGUGAAUGAGGCCGUCCUGUCUGGGCUGGUGGGCAGCGAGAUGCACGAGAAGCUCCUGUCAGCAGAGAGGGCCGUGACAGGAUACACAGAUCCUCAUGCAGGAAAUAAAAUUUCCCUCUUCCAGGCCAUGCAACAAAAGAUAACAGUCAAGGAGCAUGGCGUCCGCCUCCUUGAGGCCCAGAUUGCCACCGGUGGCAUCAUCGACCCUGUGCACAGCCACCGCCUCCCCGUGGAGGUGGCCUAUCGGCGCGGAUAUUUGGAUAAUGAUACGUUUCUCCUACUUUCUGAUCCAGAUCAUGGUAGCAAAGGUUUUAUAGAUCCAAACACUCAUGAGAAAAUCAGUUACAGUCAACUCCUACAGAGAUGUUCCAAAGACAGAGAUACUGGAUUGUACCUGCUGCAGAUCAUGGAAAAAGAAGAUGAGGACAGAAGUGACGUCUGGUUCCAAGGACUGAGACAACAAAUAACAGCAUCAGAACUCCUCAGCGCACAGAUAAUCACAGAAGAAACAAUGGAAAAACUCAAUGAAGGAAAAGAGACGGCCCAAGAAAUAGCACAAAUGGAAAGUGUGAGAAGAUACCUUGAGGGAACUGGAAGUAUCGCCGGCGUGCUGGUGCCCUCCAAGGACCACCCCGCCAAGAUGGAGAAGAUGAGCAUCUACCAGGCCAUGUGGAAGGGCAUCCUGAGACCAGGGACAGCACUAGUGCUGCUGGAGGCGCAGGCUGCCACCGGCUUCCUCGUUGACCCGCUCACCAGCAAGAAGCUCUCCGUGGACGAGGCCAUAUCCUCUGGGCUGGUAGGCAGCGAGCUACAAAAAAAACUUCUUUCUGCAGAGAGAUCUGUGACAGGCUACACGCACCCCUGCACAGGACAGAAGAUGUCCCUGUUCCAGGCCAUGAAGAAGGAGCUCAUCGUCAAGGAGCACGGCAUACGCCUCCUCGAGGCCCAGAUCGCCACCGGCGGCAUCAUCGACCCCGUGCACAGCCACCGCCUCCCCGUGGAGGUGGCCUACCGGCGCGGCUACUUUGACCAGGAGAUGAGCCAGAUCCUCUCCGACCCCACCGACGACACCAAGGGCUUCUUCGACCCCAACACCCACGAGAACCUCACCUACAUGCAGCUCCUCCGCCGCUGCGUGCCCGACCCGGAUACUGGUCUUUUUUUCCUUAAUGUUUUUAGCAAGUAA